AAGAGAGGGAGGGGGCGGCAGCCGCAGCACCGAGCGGCUCCCGCGGGGCUGCAGCCCCAGAGCCCGGGGCCGGCCGUGCCUCCCGCGCCUCCCGCCUUCCCUGUCAGCGCCCCGGCCGGGACCACCGUGCAUCCCGCGGGGGGCGCGCGGCGCGCAGGCUCCUCCCCCCGUUCAGCGCGCGUUGGUACGGUCCGGCCGCGGCACCGCCCCUGUCUCUGCGCGGCUUCCGUCCUUCCGCCCCGCGCCGCGCGCCGCCCGCCAUGGCCAAGAUCAAGGCCCGAGACCUGCGCGGGAAGAAGAAGGAGGAGCUGCUGAAGCAGUUGGACGAUCUGAAGGUGGAGCUGUCGCAGCUGCGCGUGGCCAAAGUGACCGGCGGGGCCGCCUCCAAGCUGUCCAAGAUCCGUGUGGUGCGCAAAUCCAUCGCCAGAGUGUUGACUGUCAUCAACCAGACCCAGAAGGAGAAUUUGAGGAAGUUCUACAAGGGCAAGAAGUACAAACCCCUGGAUCUGCGGCCCAAGAAGACUCGGGCCAUGCGGCGCAGGCUGAACAAGCACGAGGAGAACCUGAAGACCAAGAAGCAGCAGCGAAAGGAACGUUUGUACCCGGCCCGGAAAUUCGCCAUCAAGGCAUAGCGCUGGGCGAGCUGCAGCUCCGCGCUGGGUGCCUGAGGAUGGCUCAUUAAAUGGAGUUUGGUUUGGAA